GCGCCGAAAGUGACAAGUGGCGAUGUUAAUCGGGCCAGCAGCGUAGGUCGUCGGCAAAACUUCAGCUGAUCGUGAAAUCGAUCUCGCUUUCUUCCGCGUGUCAUCGGGUCCAGAGCACAACAUCCGAAGCAUGACAAUGGGAGAAGAGUCUCCUGUCUCGUCCCUCGUGCUUCCAGUGCUGAUCCGUCCUAUAUUGGACAAAUUGGAAAGAAAAGAUCUAGGAGCAGCCCAAACUUUAAAAGGAGCCGUCACCAAGGUUGAAAUGGAACAUCCUGGCUUUUUGUAUGACCUUGUGAUGGGACUGAUUAAAGAGACUGACGUUUCCGUGAAUGUCACCGAAUGCUUGCUGAAACUUCAAGGGUCGAUUCCUGACAAUGAAGACCUAAAGUGCUCUAGGACGGAGGAUGCCUUCCAAGAAUUCAACCGGCGUGCAUCAUACCUCAAGAAAGUUCUCAGUCGUAUCCCUGAUGAAAUCAAUGAUCGCAAGACAUUCUUGGACACAAUUAAGGAGAUCGCCAGUGCAAUCAAGAAAUUGUUGGAUGCUGUUAAUGAUGUUUCCACCUAUAUUCCAUCUCCAUACAGGAAGCAGGCAUUGGAACAUCGGAAACGGGAGUUUGUAAAGUACUCUAAGCGCUUCAGUAACACUCUAAAGGAAUUCUUCAAGGAGGGGCAAGUACAGGCAGUUUUUGUGAGUGCAGUGUACCUCAUCUACCAAACAAACCACAUUAUGGUCACCGUCAAGAAUGAAUGUGACUGAGGGCAAAUGUUGAGGAUUGCUUUCGAAACGCUGAUCAGGCAUCAUCUACAUGGUCCACAUGGAUGCCUAGGAAGUAGUGUUGGGUGCCAGGGAUCAGUUGUGCAGUCAUGGCUGACGGUGACAGUGCCUACAUCCCAUCAGUGCUGUGGCUGAAACCCGAUUGUGGUGUUGCAUUCGCAUUUGCAGUGGAUAGUGGAGCUACAGGGAGGGACACUAACAAGAGCUUUUCCAUAAGCGUGAAUGUGUAAUAUAACACCGACAUUGUGGCAGUGGGUCUUGUCUCGCUCGCCUACGUUUCUUUGGUUGUGAACGCAUGCAUUUUCAUUUAAUUUGUGCAUUAGCAAACCUAAUCGGAUGGAACUGGCAUUACCUGCUCACUCGGUACCUUCUUUAUUACAUGAAUGUUUUCUAGCAGUUGUGUAUCUAGAGCAAGAAAUUGUAAGCAGGAAUUGUUUUAAAGAGUUACAUUUACCAUUGCUUGAACAUAUAUGUUUUGUUGACAGUUACGGUUGUAUGAACCGAUUUUCACAAGGAACUAACCAGUGGCUCUUUUGGAAGGUUAGUUUUGCUAGGACAGAAAUUUGUAAAUGUUGAAAAGGGUUUAGAGCAAGUGGAAUGAAAAAAAAGAGAGCAACGUGACAGAUGUCAUGGGUGCCUGUUCUUUAAACAUAUCCGACAUGUUGCUUGUAGUAGCUUAAGUAUACCAACACUUCUUUAAUUAGUGAAAGUUCUCUUUCAUUGAAACCUGUGAAUGCGUGGAGUUACCCUGGUCAGCAGUUUCACUAAAGGAAUAUGUUAGUGCAAGCCUUCUAAAUGCGACAGUUGUAAUAUGUUCUCACUAUUCAAGUGCACAUGAGCAACUUUUGAGUGUUCUUCCUGGAAAUUUGUUUGCGUGUGUAAUUGAUUCUCAAAUGAUACACUUUCCAAUGUGGCCAAUGUAAUUUUUUUUAUCUUACAAGGGCAAAAACAAAGCAUCUCUUGUGAAAGGGAGGAACGGGUCAUCAUUGCACACAACAGAGCAAUAGCUUGCAGACACAGCCGUGGAAACUCAAGUUAAUUUCUUGUUUGUCAAAAUCGCUUUUAUGAUUCCCUGUGGUCUCGUGAAACAGAUGAAGAGUAACAAUAAACAAACUCAUAUGUGCUGAAUAUGGGGGCAGUUUAUUUUCUUUUAAACCUUGAAGAAAGCUUUAAAGCCCUGCUCUAAUGCAUUGGCAGUGAGACAUUUUGUACUGUGACAGCGCAAGUGCAACUAUGCAACACAUGUUGACUGUACUAGCAUUAUUUUUUAUCAUCACCAGUGCGUUCACAUGAGAUGUGGCAUGCAUUGUUUAUCUUUCCUCCCGGUUGUCUGUUGACUGCAUGGUCCAUGCAGAUGUUGCAUGUUGUCGUCUCUUCACAUGGAUGUGACAUUAUUAAAGAAAAUACUUUUACCUAUGUA